CGGAAAUUCAUUCCAUUCACCCGAGACCCUAUUCUGCAACUAGUUACUAAAAAGAUUUAGAAUGGCUGCUAACAAGAAUCAAGAACCCCAGUCUGUUCUCUGCGAGCCACCUCCAAAUUACGGCUCAGUGGCAGGCGGUAACAGUUCCACGUCCGGUUCCAUCUCUGUCGAUGUCGACCCAACCACUCCCCUAUUAUCCAGCCACCACCACCCACACCACCACCUUCCGGAAAUUGGCCACAAGCACUACUCGGACCGGACCCCUUGGUUGCGUGCCGCUGUGCUGGGUGCUAAUGAUGGCCUCGUCUCCACGGCUUCGCUGAUCGUCGGUAUUGGAGGUAGUAGUGAGGAUUACCAUUUGAUGAUUCUCAGUGGAUUGGCCGCCUUGGUUGCGGGUGCAUUGUCAAUGGCAUGCGGCGAGUAUGUCUCUGUAGCUACGCAGAAGGACACCGAGAGUGCUGAUAUGAUCAGAGAGAAAGCCGAAUUCUUGAAGGGUCCUCUCCAUGUAGAGCGGGAACUUCGCGAGCUGGCAGGAAUAUACGAGGCGCGAGGCAUAUCACCAGAAUUAGCGCUUCGUGUAGCUGAAGAGCUGCACGCUCAAGCUAAUGGGGACAUUGACGAGAUUGUAAAGGUUCAUUUGCGGGAGGAACUCAACGUUGACGUUGAUGAAUUAUCCAAUCCUGCUCAAGCCGCCAUCACAUCAGCGCUGACAUUUGCGGUGGGCGCGGCCUUACCUCUGCUAGCUGCGGUGUUUAUCAGUUCAUACGAGACGCGUAUCCUCGCAGUGGUGAUUGCCAGUACUUUGGGUCUGAUUCUUAACGGUAUUUUGGGUGCCUGGCUCGGCGGAGCACCAGUUUGGAAGGGCGCUUUGCGUGUUUUGAUUGGGGGUUGGAUUGCGAUGGGUGGAACAUAUGCCGUGGGCAAGGCGUUUGGUGCGUCGGGGGUCCCAGUAUAAAAUUUGAUUUAAUCAGCUAGAUGACACGUCGGAUUCUCCUUCGAGGGUUUUGUAGACUGGACAGAUUUGUAUACACGAGUUGGCAAACCAGAAUUUCACGGUGACAGUGUCACCUUUUUUAUGAUCUUGC